UCCCCGAGCCCGGCUCGGGAACGGGGGACUUUUUAAGCGUUCCGCCCAGCUCUCGUCUUUUCUCGUUCUUGCUCCUAAAAAUCUCUGAGAGCGAGACGGAGCCCUCUUCGGGGAAAUCGUGCUGCUCUCCUUUUCCUCUUCUAGGUUUCCUCAUCUCGCCGAUGCCUCUCUCGACGAUGGCUCCUCCGGCGGCCGUGAAUCCGUCGAAGAGACCGCCGGAGACGGCCGAUAGCGAAGGAUCGGGAGCCGGAGCCAAGAAGCAGAAGGGGGAAUGCCGAGAAUUCGAGCCAAGAAGCUAUCAGGUGGCGGUAUAUGAAGUGGCAUUGCGGAGGAACACGAUCGCGGUGCUGGACACGGGGGCGGGGAAGACGAUGAUCGCUGUCAUGCUCAUCAAAGAAAUCGGGAAGGAGCUUAAGAUGAGCGGGGACCGCCGGAUCAUUAUAUUUCUUGCACCUACAGUUCAUCUCGUCACCCAGCAAUUCGAGGUGAUAAAGAUCCACACUGAUUUUGAAGUGGCUCAUUACUUUGGUGCGAAGGGUGUUGAUGAGUGGACUGCUGCAUGCUGGGAAAAGGAAGUCGCCACUUAUCAAGUUAUGGUCAUGACACCCCAAAUAUUGUUAGAUGCUUUAAGGAAAGCUUUCCUGACAUUGGAUAUAGUACGUUUAUUGAUAUUUGAUGAGUGCCAUCAUGCCACUGGUAACCAUCCUUACGCUAGAAUAAUGAAGGAAUUUUAUCAUAAAACUGUGCUUAGAAUAAGUGUUUUUGGAAUGACUGCUUCACCAGUUGCAAGAAAAGGGGUGUCAUCAGUUACGGAUUGUGAAGAUCAGCUUUCUGAACUUGAAAGCAUUUUGGAUGCUAAGAUGUAUACUGUUGCAGACAGAAGUGAGAUGGAAUUUUAUGUUCCUGCAGCUAAAGAAGUUAAAAGAUACUAUAAUCCAAAUAUAUUCCUUCAUGAGGAUCUGAAAAGCGAGUUGGAAUUAUUGUGGGCUAAGUAUGACGCCUCAGUCACCCAGCUGCAGAACUCACCAUUAUAUCAGCAUAGAGAUGCCACUGAAAGAAUUAAAGCAUCAAGACGGCAACUGUCCAAUUGGCAUGAAAAAAUCUGCUUUUGUUUAGAUGACCAUGGUCUAAUCUGUGCCAAUGAGGCUACUAAAAUCUGUAUGGAAGCUGUUCAUCAUCCAUAUUCUGCAGAGGGGUGCGAUUUCCCCAUGGAGAAUGUAGUUCAGUAUAGUGCUUUUCUUGAGGAAGUAUUGCAUGCAGUUGAAAAACGGAUGCUAGAUGGUUAUGAGAUGCUACUGAAGACUGAAUGUGGAUGUUUAGAAGCAAUGCACUUGGGUUAUAUCUCGCCAAAAUUGUAUGAAUUAAUGCAAAUUUUCAAAUCUUUUGGGGCGUCAAAUCAUGUACUCUGCCUCAUUUUUGUAGAUAGAAUUAUUACUGCUAAAGUUGUAGAGCGGUUGAUGAAGAAAAUUAGUUAUUUGUCACAUUUCACAGUUUCGUAUUUGACUGGAGGGAGUGCUUCAGUAGAUGCACUGACCCCCAAAAUGCAAAAGAAGACUCUGCAUUCAUUUCGUUCUGGAAAGGUAAAUUUAUUGUUUACUACUGAUGUGGCUGAAGAGGGAUUACAUAUACCGGAUUGUUCAUGUGUGAUACGCUUUGACUUGCCAAAAACAGUUCGUAGUUAUGUCCAGUCCCAUGGACGAGCUCGACAAGCUGGUUCUCUUUAUGUCAUCAUGCUUGAACGGGGAAACAUCCAACAGAGAAAUCUAUUGUUUGAUAUCAUUAGAAGCAAACACUCUAUGCUGGACACUGCUUUAAAUAGGGACCCUCAUGCCCUUAUCUCCAAACUGUCUAGUGAUGAGGAGAUAGAUGCAUAUUAUGUUGAGUCAACUGGUGCAAGAAUAACAGCAGACUCCAGUGUCAGUCUUGUCUAUAAAUAUUGUGAAAAGCUCCCUAGAGAUAAGUAUUUCACUCCAAAGCCAGUUUUUGAAUUCACUUUGUAUGGUGGGUCCUAUCAGUGCACAUUGACUUUACCUCCCAAUGCUGCAUUUCAGACACUGGUUGGCCCAGUUCAUCGAAAUUCUCACAUGGCAAAGCAGUUGGUAUGCAUGGAUGCUUGUAAAAAACUGCAUCAAUUGGGAGUACUUAAUGAUCAUCUUCUCCCAUUUGCUGAAGAGUGUUUGGAAAUUGUAUGCGAUGAAAACUAUGAGGAAAAAGAAACUGCUGCAGGAGCUGGAACAACAAAAAGGAAAGAGCUACAUGGGACAACCACUGUCUGUGCUUUGUCCGGAACCUGGGCACAUGAAAAAGCUGGUGUAACUUUGCAGGGAUAUAAGUUGAACUUUACAUGUGAUAAAGUUGGCCAGAGUUACUGUGACUUUGUUCUGCUUGUUGAUGCAAGACUGGAUGAAGAUAUUGCUUCUACAGAAAUAGAUCUUUACUUGGUUGAUAAGAUUGUCAAAGCCUCUGUUUCUCCAUGUGGGCUUAUUCAGUUGGAUAUGGAACAGGUGGAAGAAGCAAAACUGUUCCAAGAGAUUUUCUUCAAUGGAUUAUUUGGCAGGUUAUUUUCAGGAUCUAGGUCAUCUAGGAAACCAAGGGAAUUCUUACUAAAGGAAGACGACAUAUCAUUAUGGAGCACUCAGAACAUGUAUUUGCUUUUACCAUUGGAAGCUUCGUGUAAUCAAGAUCAUGAAGUUAUAUGUAUCAAUUGGAAGGGAAUCAGUGCAAGUGCUUCAAUUGUAAGGUUUAUGAGAGAUAUUUAUAUGCCUGUGGCUGCAAAUGGUCCAUUUGGCAGUUUUUGCUCUGGUUCGUCUGAGACUGAAUGGUGUGAAUCAGAUAUGAUUCAAUUGGCUAAUAAGACCGCAAACCUUCAGAGCUUUAAAAAUAUGGUAGUGAUUGCAAUCCAUACAGGAAAGAUAUAUUCUGUUCUUGACGUGGUAAUUGGUUCAUGUGCUGGCAGUCCAUUUGAUGGGAAUAGUGAAAAAUCACCACCAGAAUUUCGUACAUAUUCAGAAUAUUUUAAUAAGAAGUAUGGUAUUAUGCUUCGACAUCCAGGACAGCCAUUAUUGUUGCUAAAGCACAGCCACAAUCCACACAACCUGCUAUCUUCAAAGUCUAAGCAUGAAGGUAAUGUGGCAUCAAAAAAAUCAGACAAGCCACAAAAUCAUGUUCACAUGCCUCCAGAGCUUUUAAUUCACAUUGACGUACCAAUAGAUGUCUUAAAAUCAUUCUACUUGCUGCCUUCCUUGAUGCACCGAGUGGAAUCCUUGAUGUUAGCCAGCCAACUAAGGAAGGAAAUUGCUUUCUAUCCCAGCAAUACCUGUAUAUCAAAUUUCCUGAUAUUGGAAGCAAUUUCGACAGUAAGAUGUUGUGAGGACUUCUCCAUGGAGCGUCUAGAACUAUUAGGAGACUCUGUAUUAAAGUAUGCAGUAAGCUGCUAUCUCUUUAUGAAAUUUCCUAAGAAGCACGAGGGGCAAUUAUCUUCCUGCAGAUCCCAAUUAAUCUGUAAUGCCAUGCUUCAUAGACUUGGAACUAAACACAAUAUACAGGGUUACAUACGUGAUGCUGCAUUUGAUCCCCGUCGUUGGGUUGCCCCUGGACAGCUUACUUUACACCCUGCCCUCUGUAAAUGCGGAGUGGAAAAUUCUGAAGUGCCGAAGAAAAUUAUUCAUGAGACUGAAGAUAAAUAUGUUGUGAUCGGCAAGGCUUGUGAUAAAGGACACAGAUGGAUCUGUUCUAAAACAAUAUCUGAUUGUGCUGAGGCUCUAAUAGGAGCAUACUAUGUAGGUGGUGGACUUGGUGCUGCACUUGCAGUACUGAAAUGGCUAGGAAUUGAUGCUGAACUUGAGCCGGAAUUGGUUGAGGAUGUCAUGAGGACUGCGUCAAUGUAUAACUAUCAUCCCAGAAUUGAUGAGAUUGAAACACUGGAAUCAAAACUUGGCUACAGAUUUAGUGUUAGAGGUCUUUUACUUGAGGCUAUUACACAUGCAUCUCAGCAAGAAUUAGGAGCUUGCUACUGCUACCAGCGGCUUGAAUUUUUGGGUGACUCAGUAUUGGACCUUCUCAUUACAUGGCAUCUCUUUAAAUGCCAUAAAGAUAUUGAUCCAGGGGAGUUAACCGACCUGCGAUCAGCUUCAGUAAAUAAUGAUAAUUUUGCUCAAGUAGCAAUCAGGCAUAAGCUUCAGCAGUAUCUCCAACAUGGUUCUGGAUUGCUUUUAGAGCAAAUAACAGAAUAUGUUAAAAGACUUGAGAAUUCCCCUGAGGAUAAGUAUUUGGUUUCAUCAACUAGUUCCUCAAAAGGGCCAAAGGUUCUUGGAGAUAUUAUAGAAAGUAUUGCUGGAGCAAUACUAAUUGAUACAAAACUCAAUCUAAAUAAAGUAUGGGAGAUUUUUGAACCACUGCUUUCGCCUAUUGUUACACCUGAUAACCUGGAGUUGCCUCCCUUACGAGAACUAACUGAGCUUUGCAGCCAUUAUGGCUACUUUUUGAACACAAAAUGUGAAACUAAGGGAGACACAGUAGUUGCAAUGCUCGAGGUGCAGCUCAAGGAUGUUUUGGUUGUACGAAGGGGAUGUGAAAGGAAUAAAAAAGCUGCCAAAGGACAAGCAGCUGCCCUGUUACUGAAGGACCUUGGGGAAAGAGGCUUUCACAUUAUCGCUAUGCCUCCAAAAGGAAGCAACCUGGAGAAAAUUCUGUAGAUAAAAUAAAAUCUGUUGAUGAUUCCUGCCAUCUAAUCAUGGAUAUGGGCAUACCCACACCACCAAGGGAAAAUGAGUUGAUUGAAUCCGAGAACAUCCGUGAUUCAGAGCCAGUGCUUUUGACAGUAAAAAUGCAGAAAGGAGGGCCUCGAACUGCGCUGUAUGAGCUUUGCAAAAGGUCGCAGUGGCCGAUGCCUAGCUUUGAGUCAACAGAACAGAAACCAAGCAACAAGGGUGCAUUGGACCGCAAUGGUGAAGGAAGAAGUGGGUUCCACAGCUUUAUAUCGAGCGUUACACUGCAUGUACCCAAUUCAUCAGUCAUCACAGUCACUGGAGAUCAACGAGCUGAUAAGAAGAGUUUCACAAGACUCCGCAGCCCUAUCCUUGCUCUAUGAGCUUGAGAAACGGGGCAGGUGUUGCAUUCAGGAGGUGUAACAUUUGUGCUAUAAAUUAUGACUAGAGGUGUAAUUUCCUUUUUCAUUCAUCCCUCUGCUGAAUCUGUGGUAUCUGCUGGACCAGGCCUGUCUGAUAGGAGCUUCCAGCUAUAGUUCCAAUUCAAUCUAUAAAUCAUAUAGUUAUUGUGUUUA